ACAGGUGGUGGCCCAAGAGGCUGUAACUUGCCAAUUCCCUAUCUAGAACAAUCUUUCUGUUUCUUUUUUCUUGCACCUUGAAAAAAACAGGUCAGUCAUCCUGUGGAAUACUCGGCCUUCUGGGUUUGUCUCAUUGUCUGCUCAGGGCAUCGUUUAAUUUGUUCUGUCCUCUGGUUUUUAGUAAUUGAGGAGUUGGGGCUAGAGGCCCUAUCAGAUCCAGGUUAAGCAUCUUUGGCAGGGAUCCCUUGUCAGUGGUGCUGUGACUUUUGGCUGCCUCACAUCAGGAGGCAUCAGUGUGUCAAGGCCAUCUGUCCUGUGGUUAGUGAGGGGGACAGACCCGUGUGUGGCCUUGUGAUGCCACAUCCCCCUAUUGCAAACUUGUGUUAAUCCCCAUUAAGAACAUCAGGUCAUCCAUUGGUGGCACUUGGGCAUCUGUGUGUAUCUACUUCCACACGCCUUUCCUUGGUGGUUCAGCAUCUUCUCACUGUUGUUGCCUCUGGCAUUUGUUUCUUUAGGUGCUGCAGAAUUACUUGACAUUUGGUUGUUCCUUUGUUAUUUAUUAGUAAGGAAUCUGUAGUGAAAAGGAGCUUUCCAUUAACCACCAGGGCAGUUUGCUUACAAGAAAGGCUGAGGGACAGGUAGAAUUAUUUCUSUUUAAGGGGCACUGCUGCCAUCAGUGGUGAUACAUGAGGGUUUGUGUUUGUUUUGCUUUCCUUGUUCUUCUUUUUUUGUAAUCUCUCUGAAUGCUCUGAUUUUACGUAUUCCAUCUGUUUCCAUCAGUUGUGCUUCUUAUUCUUUUUGAUGCUUAGAUAGGACCAGCUCAGCCCAUCAGAGGUAUCCUUAGGACACCUCACACUUGCUUCUGCACCGAGACAGCCUUUGAUGAGCUGAGCCAGUGCAGGGUCUGGAUGGUGGGUUCAGAUGGGAUAACAUCCUCUCCAUGGGCCUCUGUUCUGUAUGUGGCUCUGACUGAUCACUAGGGGGAAAGCKCUAAGGAUAGAGUUAUCUCUUGUGGUCCCCUGUUCUUUCCUAUCUCCAAGCAUGCUGUUGACUGACCAGCACACAGUUGCACUGGGUUUGUGACCUGAAUAAUAUGUAUGACUCCUGGGUCUACCUUCAGGGUCAGCAAUGCCAGAACUGGCCCCUAAAAAUUAAUAAAGUUCCCUUUCUCUUCAGGCUGUUUCCUGCCAGUCUCAAGUGGGUUGGGCACUUGACCUAUGUUGGCACUUUGGCACCAGAAACUUAGCAUGUGCUGGCAGGGCCCUGGGUUCAGUAGGGGGUCAGGAAGGGGUGAGGGCUCUUGAUGUCUGUGGUCAGUGGCUGAAGGGGUCAGGCAGACCCCUGUGCAAGGGGAUGCAGGCCCCAUUUGGGCUGCUGAAAGCAGCAGCAGUUUGAGUCUUUCCUAAGCAAAGUCCUCUGCUCUCUCCCAGUCAUGGGCUCAUGGGUGAUCCUGACCACUGCCCUCUCCAUCCCCCAUCCUUCAGGUUCCUGCUUGUGUCCCUGGAGCAUGGGAGGCUGCUGAGCUGGAGCGGAGGUAUACAGCAGGAGCUGUGUGUUUCACUCGGUGGCAGGGAGGGCGUCCAUGGCUGCAGCCAAUAAGGGCAAUAAGCCCAGAGUCCGGAGUAUCCGCUUUGCAGCAGGCCAUGAUGCCGAAGGCUCCCAGAGCCAUGUCCACUUUGAUGAGAAGCUACAUGAUUCAGUGGUCAUGGUCACCCAGGAGGGUGACAGCAGCUUUCUGGUCAAGGUUGGCUUCCUGAAGAUCCUGCACAGGUAUGAGAUUACCUUCACUCUGCCCCCAGUGCGCAGGCUGAGCAAGGACAUCCGGGAGGCACCUGUUCCCAGCCUUCACCUCAAGCUCCUCAGCGUCAUGCCCAUCCCUGAAGGUUACAGCAUCAAGUGCGAGUACUCUGCACACAAGGAGGGCGUCCUCAAAGAGGAGAUGCUCCUAGCCUGCGAGGGUGGCACUGGUGCCUGUGUGCGGGUGACGGUACAGGCACGUGUCAUGGACCGACACCACGGCACACCCAUGCUACUGGACGGUGUCAAGUGUGUGGGUGCAGAGCUGGAGUACGACUCUGAGCAUAGUGACUGGCAUGGCUUCGACUGAGGCCCGCACCCGGCCGACCUGUCUUGGGGCCCCUCAGCCUUAAACCCCACCUGGUCUCCCAACAUGCUGCGUGAUGAUGUGGCUUCCUCACCCCAUCCCCAGGUGGGCGAAGGGGUGGUGUUGGGGCCUCGCCCACACCUUUCACCUCUGCCUUCAUUCUGCCACUACCCUGCCUCUCCUGUGUUCUAUUCUCCCACUUCCUCCUCUCCGUGUGCCUCAGUCUCCUGCCAGAAGAAAUGGGUUGAGCCCCCAAGGAGGCUAUCUAAGGAGGGGAAGGGGAGAUUCUGGGGUGGGUUCUACCCACUCUCCAUCCCAAGCCAUGUGGGCUCCAGUCAGGGUCUGGGAGAGGACUGAGUGGCUCUGUGAUGCCAACACCCCAUUACUGCUGCUGCUGCCUGGAUGCCUCAGCCACCUCUCCCACCCCUGCCUCUUCCCCACUGCUACCCAUGUGAGUAGGAGGGAGGCGCAGUUCCCAGCUCCUACCCCUCAGGUCUGAGUUACUUGGUUUUUAAAUGACUGGUUGGGUUAGAACCCAUAAGAAAUAAAAACUUAAAUGGA